CUACACGCCCGCCCUUUCCUACGUCUGGUCCAGUCAGUCUUCCUCCGGCGUCGGCGCUGGCCGAGCUAGCUGGCCAUGGAGGGUAAUGGCCCCACUGCCGUUCACUACCAGCCGGCCAGUCCCCCGCGGGACGCCUGUGUCUACAGCAGCUGCUACUGUGAAGAAAAUAUUUGGAAGCUCUGUGAAUACAUCAAAAACCAUGACCAGUAUCCUUUGCAAGAAUGUUAUGCUGUCUUCAUAUCUAAUGAGAGGAAGAUGAUACCUAUCUGGAAACAACAGGCGAGACCUGGAGAUGGACCUGUGAUCUGGGAUUACCAUGUUGUUUUGCUUCAUGUUUCAAGUGGAGGACAAAGCUUCAUUUAUGAUCUCGAUACUGUCUUGCCAUUUCCCUGCCCCUUUGACACUUAUGUAGAAGAUGCCUUUAAGUCUGAUGAUGACAUUCACCCACAGUUUAGGAGGUGUGGACAUUUUUUUUUCAUAUUUUUUUUAGAUUCCAAAAUGAACCUGAACGAUUUCAUCAGUAUGGAUCCCGAGGUAGGAUGGGGCGCUGUCUACACACUAUCCGAAUUUACACAUCGGUUUGGCAGUAAAAACUGCUAAACUUGGCCUCAAGAUGGAGGAACUGUGGAGAAACUUGGAACUGUGGAGAAAUUGUAGGACAUGAACAAGCUAUCCCUUCAUCGAGGACAGCAAACAUUAUGGUACAGUUGGCUUGGAAUUAUGUCUUUCUCUUUUAAUUUGAUUGAGUGGAAAUCUGAGUGAAUACAAAUAUAAAUGAACAACAUAAAAACUUUUGUUUUGACAUGUCAAAUUGAAACUUGAUAUAGUGUGUACUUGCUAAGAUAUUCCUGUGGCUUAUUUGUUAAAACACGAGAACUUAAGCCAGUAAUCAUUUUUGUUCAGAUAGAGGUGUGGAGGUAGAGCCAGCCCCUCAUGUCUGUUCUGGAUGUUUUCUGUCUCUCCAGCUACAUUGUAAGCUCCUUGAGGGCAGGGCCAUGGCCCAUUGCUCUUUGAAUCUCAAAUGCCCAUAAAAGGUGCCCAUAAAAUGUUUUCUUGAACAUUUCAAUGUGCUGUUGUUUGGAAAGGGGUAAUAUUGUGAGCUGAAUCAGCAAUAAGUAUUAGUCUUUUUGGACUAUGGUAUUGUUAAAAAGUUUGCAGCCCUCUCAGAUUUGAGUGUUACUUGGUUUAUUUAUUUAUGGCUUUAAAUAAAAUUGAUUUAACAUU